AUGCUGAAUGUGUGUGUGUGUGUGUGUGUGUGUGUGUGUGUGUGUGUGUGUGUGUGUGUGUGUGACACGUUGCGUUGCAGUUCUAGUUAUGCGACCACUUUUUCAGGGUUGAGUGUUCUUCCUUUUUGUUUUCCUCUCUCAGUCUCUCAGUCUCUCAGUCUCAAUCCCAGUCCCUCUCUGUGGCCAUUUCUCACACUGAUCGACACUGAUACAAGAUGUCCCGCUGCUGCAGGCGAGGUGCUUAGUGCCAAGCAUCCUGUAGAAGUGGCGCAGAACAAGCGCGCGGAGCACGAGCAAGAUCUCAAGCUGUCCCUGGUGGCUGCCAGUCAGGGUGAUUACAUGCGUCAGGUGAUGCUGCAAGAGCGUCGUUCAUUGGCUCAGCGCAAGCGUCUGCCUACCCUACCCAACACCAUGCUUGGUCUGGAAGUGGCCAUGGGUUAUGACCAGCUCAUUGGUUUUGAAGAUUACUUGAACACCGGCGAGGAUCCCGAGGCGAUCAGCAACGUGCACGCAGCAGCCGAGGCUAUGCGGUGGUAAAUGGGCCGAGCCAACAAGAGCCCAUUCAAACUCAAACAAGGCCGCUCAUGUGCUGCCUUGUCGUGUGCUGCCUUGUCGUGUGGUGACCUUAUUGUUUCUUUGUGCUUGCUUGUUUGUUUGUGGUGCGGAUCCACAUUCCAAACACUGAUUGUUUCAUCAUGCCUUGUUCUGUUCAUGCUUUCUCUCAUGUUUCCGCGCGUUCCGCUCGGCGCCUCAGCGGCGUUGCCGUCGAGGCGACGCAUCUAUGAUGCACGGCGUUCGGUCUGAAUCCCCCAAAAUUCAUUCAGUGCAUUCGUUGG